AUCCAUGAAAACACUCAAGGCAUGAAGUGAAGUGAUCCCCCCGUGCUUCGCCUCAGCGCCAGGACAGCUGUGAACAUGUAUUUCCCCAGGGGGUCAGUGGGCGAUGUGUUCACGAGGGCGCUGCCCUGUGAACACGCAAUAUAUUUCCGGGUGGCGCAGGUGUGGGCGUGGGUUAUAUGUGUAUUAGGGAGCGCGGGCAACCUCCUCACCCUGGCCACUAGCGCCCACCAGCUGUGUCUGAAGGACAGGAGGAGGAGCCACGAGUCCGUCGAGCAGCGCCGUGGCAUGCCCGCCAUCAGGCUGGAGGCGGACACUCUGCUGCUGCUCCAUCUCAGCCUCUGUGACUUUCUUUACUGUGCCGUCAAUUUGCCCAUAAUCGCGGUCAACUACGAACUCGCUUUAUCUGGCGCUCCCCCUUCCGAAUACCCGAGUGAGCAGUUCUGCACCGUGACUGUCGUGUUCCGAUACUUGAACGCCAUCGUCGAGUGGAUGACGCUGGGCCUGCUGGCAGUGGAGCGCUGCCUCGACAUGGGCCGCGUCAGAACCAACCGAAUAUUUACUCCAACCAAGACGUGUGUCCUCCUGGCCAGCUGUUGGGGGGCUGCACUCCUUCUGCAAGUGGGCCCCAUUGUUAAGGUGAGUGUGUGCAGUAGAGAGGAUGCGCACAAUCACAGUUUGUCCUCUCCUAACACCUGCCACCAUCCUCGCCACCGUUGCCGCCGCCUCCACCACCCUCAGGAUCAGUACUACUUCGACAACAAGACCUACAAGUGUGACAUGAAGAACGGCAAGGGCAAGAUAUUUUUCUACACGCUGGAGACGCCGUUGCCGUGCUGCCUCAUGCUGACGGGCGCCGCCAGCAUCAUCUGGCAGGUGUGGAGCAACAAGCGGCGCCUCAUCGCGGCUGACAUGCCCCGAGAGUUGGUGGAAAAGCGAAGCAGAUCAACGUGGCGGUCGACGGCGCUGGUGCUGUGCCUGCUGAUUAUUUUCCUACUGUGCGUCAUCCCUAACGCUGUGUACAACGUCGUCAGCAUCAUCAACUCCAACGCGGCGGCCAACGCUCCCGCCGCCCUGAUCACUUUCAUGUUCUAUUGGGUGCAGUACGGCAUCAACUUCUUCUUCUACGGUGCUGGGAACAGUAACUUCCGGGAGGCUUACAUACAGUUCCUGAAGGCGGUCGGGGAGGCACUGUGCUGUUGCUGCCGUCUGUCAGCCCCUUGGCGCCACAGAAGGCUUAGGACACUGACACCCUCACAGGACGUCUCAGCUUUGCCAGGGUACAUCUUCUUCCUCUCUGCUCCCGACGUCAAUGUUAUAGACACGUCGGAAGCAACUCGAACCACACCGGAGGGUGACGAAAACGAUUGGAACACUUCAUUGGACCAAAUCACGUCUGGUCUCAGCGUUGGGUGCUUCAAACUCUCCUCCUUCUCCUCCUCUGCCUCAUCUUUCUCCUCCUCUUCCUCCUCCUUCCCCUUUCCCUCCCGCACAGUGUCCCUUACUUCCUCAGCCUCCUGGGACUCGUCGAGCACCCUUGUGACGUGCGUUUCAAUGAGUGAAUUCCUGUAGGCCGCGGCACCCACAGAAAGGAAGGAGUGUGUGACCAAGGCAUUUAUUUUCAUAGUCAUUUGUACGCUGAACUGUUUUAGUUAUUGUGUAGGUUUGUUGGGUCUUGGUGAGCGGAUGAACACAUUACCAUGAUUAGUUGGUAGUGUAAACUCUCUUAGGGAACCACUCGUUACAACAUGAAUUAAAAAGAAUAUCCGUAAAUACUACGCAUCUUAUAAUUCUGCCUAUUGUAAUUUGUUACAUUACUUGUUAUUAUUUAUAGCAUCAUUAUGAUUAUCAUCAUCAUCAU